AUGGGUUCUAUCAUCUCUGCUAUCGGCGGUGCCAUCAUGGCCGUCAUCUCUGCCAUUGCUGGCGUUAUUGAAGCCAUCGUGUCCGGCAUCGUGAUGGUCCUCGUCGCGAUCUGGGACUUCUUCCUCUGUAUCAUCUGCUGCGAGUGCUUCGCCGGAAGCGGACGCCGUCAUCGCUCAACAAGGAGGCGAGGCCAACUCCAUACGACUGCGACCACCUUGACCCUGUCUUCUACGCUCCAUCUGCCCGAGCACACAGACUACGAUAUGGCAGCUGUUGAGAACGGUGAUCUUGCUCCAAGUACCGCGACCGGCGUGCAGCAGCACGCACACAAGCUUUCGGGAUUCAAAGCCCCUACGCAUCCACUCGACCCUCUUACGCCAGACGAGAUCCUUGCCGUCUCGCUCGCCGUAAGAGAAUAUGUCGUGAAGGAGAAGCAGAUCCAUGCUGUGAGGUUCAUCACGAACUGGCUCUUGCCGCCUCCUAAACGUGCCGUCCUCGCGCAUCUCGGUAUUCCACUCACGCCUGGCGGUAAAGUGGAGGAGUCGGACAAGGUCCCAAUCGUGCGCCGCUCGGAGGUCGACUUCCUGGAUGUCGUGGCUGGAGACGCGUACAACUGCAUUGUUGCGCUUGAUGCGAAAACGGGCAAAUGGGCCGUUGAGGCGAUCACAAAACUGCCUGUUGGCCAGCAGCCGCAGAUCUCACCUGGAGAAUUACUCGCUUGUGAGGAGAUCGUACGCCAGGAUCCGACGGUGCAGAAGCUCGCGAAGGAGGUUGGCGUCGAACCCCACCAGAUCUACGCGGAUGGCUGGUCUAUCGGCUACGACGACCGCUUCCCCGAGAAGACGCGUCUGCAGCAAGCGCUUCUCUUCGCGCGCUACUCGGAGCACGAUAACCUCUACGCGCACCCGCUGGACUUCAUCCCCGUCGUUGACAUUCUCGCCACGAAGGUCGUGCAUAUCGACUUCCCUGGGACGUAUACUGGGAAGAAGUCUCUCGGUGUAGCCUCAACGAAGCCACCAGCGCUCGACGAGGACUCGUUCGCUGCCGCCAAGCGCGAGCGCGUCCCGCCUCCCAAGGCUGGGCAAAACUUUUUGCCUGAUCUGAUGGAGGAAGACGCGAAGAAGGAAGGAAAGGAGUGGAAGGCGCGUGAGGCGCCUAAACCGUUGCACGUUGUACAACCGGAGGGUGUUUCGUUCAAGAUCGACGGGCAUGUCCUGGAGUGGCAAAAGUGGAAGAUGCACAUCGCGUUCAGUCAUCGCGAAGGUAUCGCGCUCAGCACUAUAACCUACAACGACGAUGGUGAAGUUCGCCCGAUCUUCUAUCGCCUCUCGGUCGCAGAGAUGGUUGUUCCGUACGGCGCGCCGGAGCACCCGCACCCUCGCAAGUUCGCCUUCGAUACCGGCGAGUACGGUAUGGGCACCAUGGCGAACGAGCUCGCUCUUGGAUGCGACUGCUUGGGACAGAUCCACUACAUGCCUGGAGCAUACACGGCACAUGACGGUUCUGCGGUUGUCAUCAAGAACGUCAUCUGCAUUCAUGAGGAGGACGCUGGCCUUCUGUGGAAGCAUAGUGACUACCGUGUCGGUGGUCGUUCUCACGCGGUUCGCUCGCGCAGGCUUGUCGUCAGCAUGAUCUGCACGCUCGCCAACUACGAGUACAUCUGGAACUACCUCUUCUACCAGGACGGCACGAUCGAGCUCGAGAUCCGUCUCACGGGUAUCUUGCAGGUCUACACACUCGCGCAAGGCGAGGACUCUCCGCAUGGCACCGUUGUCGCACCGGGCAUCAAUGCCCACUACCACCAACACAUGUUCAGUCUUCGCGUCGACCCCAUGCUUGACGGCCUCGCAAACUCGGUCGUCGAGACGGAUGUGAACCCGCUGCCCCAGCCGACAGGCUCGGCAGAGAACUUUGCCGGUAACGGCUUCGACGUCGCGCACACCACGCUGGCCUCCGCUAAGGACGGAGUACGCGACUGGGAUCAAGACAAAGACCGCCGCUGGCGCAUCAUCAAUCCCGCGCGGAAGCACCCCGCGAGCGGUCUUCCCGUCGGCUAUAGCAUCAACGCGAAAGGCGGUGCGACGCGCUUCCUCCCCCGCCCGGACAGCUGGGUCGGCCGUCGCGCCAACUUCGCCGCGCAUACGCUUUGGGUCGUCAAGGACAAGGAGGAAGAGUAUGGUGGAGGACGCAUGUGGCCUGCGGGCAAGUACGUGCCGCAGGCGCGUGAGGAGCCGAAGGACUCGCUUCUUGCGUGGGUGCGCGAAGAUGCGAAGGCCGAGACUAAGAUCGAAGGCGAGGACGUGCUCGUAUAUGUCACCGUCGGGACGACACAUAUCCCUCGCCCGGAGGACUGGCCUGUUAUGCCGGUCGACCAUCUGCGCGUCGCCUUCAAGCCCAAUUCCUUCUUCACCGCCAACCCAGGCAUGGAUGUGCCGGCCGCCGUGGACUCGCACAGUGUACCCGCAUUUGAGAACGGUGUCGCGAAUCCCAAUGGCGACGCAUGCGGCUGCCACUAG